ACCGCGGUCUGCCGGUUAGUCCUAAAGUCAAAUACGGUGAAUGAGAGUGAGUUCAGAAAGUAGUAGUUUCAAAGGCUUGAAAAGCCCUUUAAAACAAGCACGAAUGAGUUGGAGUUUUAAACUUGGAUCGCACUUUUUGUCUUGGAAGCAAUGUCUGCAACACCAACACCACAUUCCUCCUGGCACCUACUCUCAAUCAUAAAACCCAGCAGGCACUCUAUCUCUAUCGCCACCAAAUUUUCCAUAAACCCUAGUUCCCCAAAUCCCCCGGAAUCGGAAUCAAAAACCCUGUGGACCGUCUCUGAUAUCGCUGCCGCUGUCAACGGGAGGAUCGUAAAAUGGGGUCCUCCUGGAACCAUAUCUACAGACACCAGAACCCUGCAACCUAACCAGUGGUUCUUCGCCAUUGCCGGCCCAAACUUCGAUGCCCACGAUUUCGUCACCCCGGAGUUGUCCCGCAGAGGCUGUGCCGGAGUUAUCGGCAACCGCGUCUGCGAGAAUUGGGACAGAGGCUUUGUUGAAUGCCACGGUAACACUGUCGUUUCGUUGAAGAAGAUGGCUAGUUAUGCAAGGAACAGGUUUCACGGUGAAGUGGUGGGAGUGACUGGGAGCGUGGGAAAGACUAGCACAAAGUCCAUGAUAGCUUUGGCUCUUGAGAGUUCAACAUGUUUGGUUCAUCAAAGUCAUGGGAAUUGGAACAAUGAAAUUGGGGUUGCUCUGUCGUUGAUUGGGAUGCCGAGGAAUUCUGGGGUUGUGGUUUUGGAGAUGGGAAUGAGCGGGAAGGGGGAGAUUUUAGAGCUUGCGAGGACGGCUAGGCCGACCGUAAGGCUCAUUCUAAAUGUGGGGGCUUCGCAUUUUUGCAACUUUUCGAGUUUGGAGGAAAUUGCAAUUGCCAAAGGGGAAAUUUUGGCGGAAGCAAAGCCCGGGGACGUCUGUGUUUUGAAUGCUGACGAUCCACUUGUCAUGAGCCUCCCCGUGCCAUAUGGUGUCAAAAAGGUGCUGUUUGGUCGGAGACGGACAGUGGGGUGCCAUGUUCGGUUGGUUGUAUCAGAAAGCACAAACAGGGGUCUUGGAGUUAGAGUUGUCUUACAGAAUCACCAAGAGAUGGUAGAGUUUGUGAUACCUAGUCCAGGCGUCCAUUUGGGUGUCAAUGCAUGUGCGGCAGCAGCAGUAGCGACUCUUUUAGGAGUAUCUCUUUCUCAAAUUGGAGUUCGCCUGUCAGCCUUUUCUCCGGUUCACAUGAGGUUGGAGCUUGAAAUUGCUAGAAAUGGAACCAAGAUAGUGAAUGAUGCUUACAAUGCAAACCCUGUGAGCACCAAGGCUGCCAUUGACGUGCUUGAGAGUAUUGAUUGCAGAGGCAAAAGAAUCGCCAUACUCGGAGACAUGUUAGAACUUGGUGGAAUUGAGAUGGAGUCACACGAGAUGAUUUUAAAGCAGUGUCGUAGUGCUCGUAUUGAUUUAGUUGGCCUCGUGGGGGAGAGGUUUUGUGCAGCAGCUGCGAGUAUGAAGUCGCUUGACGAGAUGAACAUCUUAUAUGCUAUUGACUCGGAAAUUUUAGCGCAGGAAAUUGUGAAGAUGGUUAAUUGUAAUGAUGUUGUGUUGGUGAAGGGUAGUCGGGGAUUGCAAAUGGAAAAAGUUGUGAAUGCAAUUAAAUUAAUGGAAUCAAACAACCCUAUUUAAUGACU